AUGUGUAAUAAUAAUAAGAUAGAUAGUGUAUUUAAACUAGCUAUCAAUAAUCAGUAUACUAGAAGACUGAUAUUUGGUCAUGUUGAAAGCAUACAUCAAAGGUUGGAGAUACCUUCGGUCAAAUACGAGCACAUUCAAAACUGUCUCUACAGUUUGAUUCAGUAUAACCAAACAGAUGCGUUUAUCAAUCAGUUUCCACGAUACUGCGAACAGUAUAGAACGAUAUAUGGGUGGUUAAACUUUGAUCGCUUUCAACCGGUAUUGGACAUCAUACUCUCUAAAAACAAUACAAGAGCAUUAUCAUUUAUGCUUGAUCAUGUAAAACAAUACAGAGAAUCAAUCGUCGAUACCUACGUAGGUCAAUCAAUACCACCACUAUCAAUUGCAGACAAUCCACAGAUUGAUUCUGAUGCCCGCCGGUGGAGCAGAAACAAUACAUUGACAAUCGAGACGAUCAAUAUUCUACUAGACAGUGGUAUUCGAGUGGUUAGAUCAUCAUAUCUAAUAUCAAUCAUUCAAUUACUCGUUUCAAACUGUCAAUUGGAACGAUUGACCAAACUAACAACCGAACAACUCCAAGCUGGUCAUAAAUUCAAUCGACAAUGUCUCGAUGAUCUAUUUGAUAAUCAUGGACAUAUAGAUCAAUGGAGGGUAUUGGCUGUGAUCAGGGUCAUGCACAAUGGUAACAUAUUGUAUAGAAAUGAUUGGAAGCAUAUUCAGUCACUAGCAAUUGCCAAUCGACUUGACUCGGUACUUGAAUACCAUCAACAAAUGAAGAGUGAUAUUAGCAACUUGGCAUUACAAGUCAACAUGCCUCCAAUCACAGGAUCGAAUACUCAGGACACUGAUACCUUUUCACUAUCGACAACAAGUACAUUAUACAAUCAUUACACCUCACUUCUUUUAAAACAACCACCACCUUCCAACAAUGAUAAUAAUAUCACUCAAUUCGCUUCACUACAUUUACAACAACAGCAACCUUUAUCCAAUGAUGAUGAUGAUGAUAAUAAUAAUAAUAAUAAUAAUAAUUACGUGGAUCAUAAUAAUAAUAUGGCUAAAUUCAUGUAUGAGCAGUAUUUCGGUGGACUGCUUGUCAAAGACAAAAAUAUUAUUGACAAGUGUCAAGAUUAUUUUAGCAAGUAUGAACCAAAACAAUUAUUUACUGUUUUGAAUUGGUCAAAUAUCGAAACAUCUAGACUUGAUGCAUGUCGACUUGGACUAUUACCAAUUGUUAAACUACUCAGUUUUAGGUUUUUCUAUCAACAACUUUAUACAGUGGCUAUACAAUACAACCAAAUACAAAUAGUACAGUUUUUUGUAGAGAAUCAACAGCUGCAAUUAAAUACAGGAAUAUUUCAAUCAACCUUUUCCAAUCCCUUGUCAGAGGAAAUGUUCAACUAUUUGUGGCCCUUUUUUGAAGAUCGUACCAAGAAUACUCAAGUCAUAUCAAAGUGCAUUAAAACAGUAUUGUCUCAUCCCAAUUAUUUGGCAGUCAUUCAACAUAUCGACCGAUUAGUUAACCAAUACAUAGUUCAAUUAAAUGGUAAACGUCCUAUAUUUUGGUUGGACCAAAUACUAUCAUUCCCAAAGAAUCUUUUAAUAUUAGAUUUCUUCUUUUCAAAAUUCUAUGUACCAUGUGAUGAACCACAAUCAAAAUCACAUGACCAUACAAAGAAUGAUAGUGCUAUGGCUAUUGCUUUAAAACAUGGUUAUAUUUUUAAUAAUAUAUCAAUUGUUACACAUAAUAAUAAUUAA